GCAGCGUUGUGUGCGAGAACUGGCUACGCACCAACACGACGAGCAUGACGCAUGCAAGCUUUAGCGAGAUGCGGGCCGCUAGUCAAGGAACCACAGGAGGUGGUAGUAUUAGUAGUAGUAGUAGCGGCAGUGGUAGUGGUAGUAGUGGCAAGUUCCCACUCCCAGCCGACUACUUUCCGGCCCCGCACCUGUCGGCCAACGAAGCCGACUUCUUCAACUCGGUCGCGCGAAAGUCCUGCACGAAGGUCAUCUACUACGCGAGACGAACAAAUGGCCCUGUCACGUGGAUUCCGAUUUCCAAUUCAUCGUCGACGUCUCCCCACGUCCAAGUGUUUAGCGGGAAAAAGCCCGGCGAGGCGUCCACAGUCGCGUACUUUUGCGCCGUGACGCAACUCCAAGCGUCGCUCGACGACGUGGCGCGCGUGUUCCGCACAGAAACGACCGACAAGUACCGCGAACAUGCCAAGACGUUCGCGCCAGACUACCUCGACUGCGCCUCCCUGACCAACCUCGUGCUGCCAACGGAGACAACGCCGCUGCACUACAUUGGCGUCAAGUGGGCCGCCGUGGAGUCCCCGACGAUCUUCAUCAAGCCACGCGACUUUUGUUUCUUGGAGUGCCAGGACGAGUUUGUUGACCGCCGCACCGGGCGCCGCGGCUGGGUUCACAGCAUGCACUCGGUCAGCUGGGGCCAGGUGUGUCCUCCCAUGGACAAAUCCCACGGCCUCGUCCGUGGCUCCAUCUACCGCUCAGGCUAUGUGUUUAUCGAAUCGGAUCGCCCCAACUGCCUCGAAGUCGUGCAUGUGCUGCAGGUGGACAUGAAGGGCAGCGUUCCGUCGUGGGUCAUGAGCUCCAUAAUGAAACGCCGCGUGAUGGAAGUCGGGAGGCUCCAGCACUACUUCCGCCGCGUGAAACCGUUUAGCCCUUCGAUGUUGGCGUUGACGGACAAACCCAAAAAGUCCUACGCACUGCACUGCCACGCGUGCCGAACCCCCGUCUUCUCCCAGCGCCACCACUGCCGGACAUGCGGCCACGUCACAUGCAAGAAAUGCAGCGCCGACGUCGUCGUCGACGUUGUAGACGUCGGACGCACCAACAUGCGCGUGUGUGUUGAAUGCACAUCGCAGACUCGAGAUUCGGCACAGCACGUCGAAGCCAGCGCGACGGCGGACGAGUUCUGGGACGACGAGCCCCGCGCGUUCAAGACGGACCGCGGCCCGCGCAAGCAGGGGAGGUUCCAGUCGGCCGACUGGUUCCUUAGCCACCGCGCGGCGCUCAUGGCCAACCCAUUCCGUCCAUCCGUGUCCUUGUCCUGCGAUGCCGCCGACAGCGCGCUCAUGUCGGAUGUGGCGGACGCGUCUGCUGAAGUCCACGAUGAAGCGAUGCCUGGCACGACCAAGUUCCCAGACCACUACAUGCGUCCAAGUGUGUCGAGGCGCGGGCCUCCCUUGAACCAACGGGUGGACGGGGGGGGGGCAGCCGCCCUCCAACGGUCCCGACAAACCCGCGAGAACCACAGGCUUGGCGAGAGUUUUGGCAUUGAGCACUUUAACCCAGAAGACAUAAUGUUUCACAGCCUGGACCGUCCAUCUUCGAACAUCCACAUGGGGCACCGUACGGCGUCGGCGGUGCGGCGGGAUGAAUGGACGUUCAACUCGCUCCUGGCGGUACGUCCGUCGUCGCAGUAUGGGAUGAGCUAUGGGAGCAGCAGCCGCCUGUCCGACAUGAGCGACCUGUCGAUGGACGCACACUCUUACCAAGAUGGCGACUACUUUGCGCCCAUGCAAAUGCUCGAAGAAGGCGAAUUCGAAUCGUCUUCGAUGGUCGGGAUGGACGUGCCAUCUACUCCAAAACCUCAACCACAGCAACAACCUCCCCCUCAGCCUCAACCACAAGCUCAACCACAGCAACAACCGCCGCCGAAUUCGAAUUCGAUGAUAGCCAACCAAGCACAAGGACUCCACCAUCACCACGGGGGGGGGCAGAGGAGGGGGAGUUGUAGUACUAGUAGUAGUGUGGCAACGACGUCCGCCACGCCCAUAUCGACGAGACAGUCGACAGCAACGUGGGCAGACGAGGACUUAGCAAGGGAACGCGUCGCGGCUACACGGAGCAGCCGGGGGGGUGGGGGCAAGUUGCUCACGCCGCAGCCGCACCCGUCGCAGAUGCAUCCCCACAGACACAAAAACCCGACCACUCGUUCCCACCAUGCCGCGUACUCGCUCGUGUCUGAGUCGCUCGUGUGUCCAACCGUGCACGACCGAUCGCUGCCGCCGACACCGCAUGCCGCCCGUCCGCCCGCUGCCGCCGCGGUGGUGGUAGUACCACCACCACCAUCUUCCCACGCCACCGCCACCAUCCCGACAUCUUCGUGUAUGGGACGCAUGGAGAGUGGCGGCAAGAGCCAGACGGCGAUGCAUGCUGGCGCGGCAAGGAGCGGGGCCGUAGUGGAGUAUUCGAUCAAGGGAGCUGAAUUAGACAAGUUGGAUGCACUGGCGGCGACGUUGGCCGAGCGGCUGAUGCGGGUCGAUUCGAUGGACAAGGACACGAUCCGGUCGACACUGGCGGAGGUACUUCACGCGACCCCUCGACGGGGCGAGGUAGCAGUAGUAGUAGGGGAUGGAGUAAGUAAUACUAACUAGCUAGUAUGAGGUCAUGGGAAAAAACCAUGUCAAGUCGGCAAAGCGCGAGUUGUUUUUACAGUUAAUGUUAUUAAAACUCCAAAGCCAG